AUGUCAGUUGUAACAAGUAAUGAGAGGCAAUUUGUCUCCACCUACUUAGAGUUAAUAAACUUAUCACAAGAGGUUGAUCCAAGUAAAUUCUAUUCAAGUGCAGACUACUAUAAAAUAGAUUCUUUGGGUCCAACAUUACCUCAGAUGAAUGUUAACUUGCCAAAAGCAAAGCAGCUGAUCGAUACGAAGUCUAUGAUUACAUUAAAGUUCGUUUCAAUAAAGCCUCCAUAUAAAUUCAUAUCACAAUUGACUGAAGUCCCGUUGUCAAGCACUGUCUAUUCCGUGAAAAAGAGUUUGAUAGCUGAUCAACUCAAAAAUGAAGAAAUAACACCGUCUAACAUAAAGUUAUUGCUCAAAGGCAAAGUUAUUCAAGAUACAUCAUUACUUUCAUCGCUUCCUGUAACGGAUGAUGAGAUGGCAUUUAAAGUAAUGAUAAGUGCUCCGGUUCCAUCAGCAAGUACGCCAAAAAGUACAACACCAGAGAGUGAAGAUCCUGAUGUUAGUGAGCCCAUUACAAUUCUGGAUAUUACAUGGAACAAAAUAUAUGAAAUCUUGAAAUCAGAUUUAGGUAGUGACCUGAAAGCAUCUGAUGCCUUAAGUAAAUUAAAAGCUAAUUGGGCAAAGUAA